CAUGUGGUACACAUAGUUGCCACUGGGCUUUAAAGUGUAAAGUUCUUAAUCGCUAACGGCCUAUUCAAAACGUCGCUCGUAAUCAUCAUUCUUUUUAGGAUUCUCGAAGCGCACUCAGAAACAAAUCGCUGUAAGAUGAAGAGUGGCCGUAGAAAGCAGACGUCCUGUACAUUUAUGUACACCCCUUACAUGUCGGUUUCCAUAAUUCGUUCUAUCAGUCUGAGGAUGCCAAGUACUGAAGACGCAUCUGAGAGCUAAGUCAGCACAAUACACAGUUCACCAACAGAGUACGAGCCUAGGAUUUUAGCUUCUUUCUAGCACUCGUUUAUUUCCUUCCACUAUUUUCAAUCCACUUGUUUUGUUUCGUCUCACAAAGAAUGGAUUCACUCCUGAUAUUCGAAAUAUCCUCGUUCGCGUUCUAAUCUGAUUACGCCAGGACAAGCGCGUCUAUUGCUCGGCACAACGGGCAGGAGGGCUCGUUUCCCUGCGGUCACAGAGGACAGUGAACAUUCGGCUCUUUUCAGGGAAAGUGGAGUUCUGAAUGUUCUUGUUGGUUACAGGUGCCUAAUGUGAUUCGAUCCAGCCCCGAUGCACUGAAUUUCUGUGGACGAAUCAAACGAUGACGCUUAUUCCUAACAGCUGCGCAUCGCUGUGAUGGCGGGUCCAUGAGCUCUGCGGUGAAUUCAGCCCAGGUGAAAGCACUGACCGACCGUUGUCCACGCGGUAAUGUUUAUUUACGCGAAGCGACGAAAAUGCCAGAGAAAGUAUUCUGAUUUAGGAGGUGACAGAUAUCGGGAGGGCCGUGACGAAAGAAACAGACACAGUGGUUACAGCGAGGAGACAGCCAGUCAGCAUGCUCUCACAAUACUACUGUGCAGGGGCAGCUGCUGCAACCUGUCUAGCAUUUGUGAUCGUGGUCACCACUAUACAAAAUACCUCAGCACAACACCUCUCAGUAGUGCCAAACGCCAGCAUGAGUCAUAGAUCUGCCAACAUGUCGACAUCCCUAGCAAUCCUUGCAUCACGGCGCCGGAGGCGGUAUGUCCGGUUUCCGGCUCUGUCUGGAGGUGAAUCAUCGAGCGGUGGAGGACGUCUGGCAUACACUCACAGCCCCCGACCAGCCUCCUCCCAGCACUCUGGCUACAAUUCGUGGGUUCCUGUGAGACACAAACAGCCACAUUAUCAGGUAACUUCUACAGUGGGGAGUCACUAUACAAGAGUACCCCAUAUGGGGCAGAGGAGCCCCAGACUGGUGUUUCGGGACCCAGACAUACCUGGCACCAUCCAUGCCUCCUCCCCAUAUUACAGCCAGCAAGCAGCCAACAGCCUUCAGGACCUCACCACUGAUGUCCCCAGAGAGGGCAGAGUGCCUGGUCAGGAAGGGUUUCCAUUGCUAGGAGACCAAUCACUUUGUGCCACGGGAACAUGCGAGUUUUUCCUCUCCUGCUGGAUGUCUGCGGGACUGCUGGAAGGGUCAUGUGGGGGCCUCCUGUAUGCCUGCUGCCAGCGACGGGCGGCCAAGGACACGGCCAAGAAGGGCGAGCUUGAUGAAAACAGCCUACUUGUGGACUAUGGUCCUGUGACCAAUGACCCCAGAUGUGGAAUUGCUAUUGGAAAACUGGGCCCUAGCUUGGGUGCUCAGCGUCGUAUUGUUGGUGGUGAUGAGGCUGGAUUUGGCAGCUUCCCUUGGCAGGCAUACAUCCGAAUUGGGACCAGUCGGUGUGGUGGAUCUCUCGUCAACCAUUACCACGUAGUUACAGCUGGACACUGUGUCGCAAGGGCAACAGCAAGGCAGGUUCAGGUGACACUGGGUGACUAUGUCAUCAACUCCGCAGUAGAACCAUUGCCUGCGUACACAUUUGGAGUGCGUGAGAUUCGGGUACACCCAUACUUCAAGUUUACACCCCAGGCAGACCGCUUUGAUGUGGCUGUGUUACGUCUGGACCGGCCAGUGCAGUACAUGCCACAUAUUGCACCUAUCUGCUUGCCUGAGAAAGGAGAGGACUUCUUAGGGCAGUAUGGAUGGGCAGCUGGCUGGGGAGCUCUGCAGGCAGGUUCUCGACUUCGUCCAAAGACGCUGCAGGCUGUGGACGUGCCAGUGAUAGACAACCGCCUGUGUGAACGCUGGCACAAGUCCAAUGGCAUCAAUGUCAUUAUCUAUGAUGAGAUGAUGUGCGCGGGUUACAGGGGAGGUGGUAAGGAUUCCUGCCAGGGGGACUCUGGAGGUCCACUCAUGACAGAGAAAGUAGGAAGAUGGUAUCUUAUUGGAAUAGUCUCAGCUGGGUACUCGUGUGCACAGCGUGGCCAGCCUGGUAUAUACCACAGAGUGGCACAUACAGUGGACUGGAUCUCCUACAUUAUAAAUACUACUUGAAGCUGAUUCCCAACCUCAACUGAGUCUGAUCUCCUCAGCAAUAUUGACUGUACCACAUAUUUAUAUUAUGCAAGCAGUGAACGUGAAGAAUUACAAAGUCAGAAGAUUUAUCUGUGGACCAUAUUUAGGAAUGCUUCUUCCUUCUGACUUGUGAAAACCUUGUGUUUAUUUUGUUACAUUCUUGUGUUCAGUGCCUCUUUUAUACACUGAGAGCAGAAGACAACUUGUAACAUAAACCUAGUGAAGUGAAACAUGGAUGCCUUAAAAGUCUGUGUGGUUGAUGUCAAUUAUACAUAUCACAACUUUUCAGAGACUAGAAGUAGUAUCAGAAAACAACAUUUGUGUUGUUAUUUUCUGUUACAAUACUUGUUACAGUUGAAUACCUUACAGAAGUAUACCACUUCACUUAACUUGUUCUGGAAACUAGUGAUAAAGUGUACAAGUACUCUAAAUGACUCUAAGAGAAAAAAAGUGGCAAUAAUGUACGCAUUGUUACUCAACAAUACAAUUUUGUGUGGUGCAGUAAAACACUUCAAGGCA